AGCAACUGAUAUUGUAUGAAAUAUUUAUUGGUCGUCUUUUUAGGAGAGUGUUCAAUGGGCGAAAAACAACAAUUUGCACUCCUUCCGAAAAUAAUCAAUGGAGGUAUCGCAGGUAUUAUUGGCGUCUCUUGUGUGUUUCCACUCGAUCUCGUUAAAACCAGACUGCAGAAUCAACAAAUUGGGCCUAAUGGGGAACGGAUGUACAAAUCGAUGUUUGAUUGUUUCAAGAAAACGUACAAGGCUGAAGGGUAUUUCGGGAUGUAUCGAGGGUCGGCGGUAAAUAUUCUAUUAAUUACGCCGGAAAAAGCCAUCAAGUUAGCUGCCAAUGAUUUCUUCCGUCAUCAUUUACAAACCAAAGAAGGCACCCUUCCAAUGUUGCGCCAAAUGGCAGCGGGCGGGUUAGCAGGCUUCUGCCAAAUAAUUAUAACAACCCCCAUGGAGCUUCUAAAAAUCCAAAUGCAAGACGCUGGAAGGGUAGCAGCAGCAGCCAAAAGCGCGGGCAAAGUAGUUCCUAAGACCACCGCUACGAAAAUAGCAUUAGAAUUAUUUAAAAAACACGGGAUAUUAGGGUUAUACAAAGGUAUCGGAGCAACAAUGCUGAGAGACGUUUCGUUCUCGAUAGUGUACUUCCCCCUCUUUGCAACUUUAAAUGAUUUGGGGCCUAGAAAAAGCGACGGUUCUGGUGAGGCGGUUUUCUGGUGUUCAUUCCUGUCGGGAUGUGCAGCAGGAUCGUUCGCAGCCCUUUUUGUAAAUCCGUUUGAUGUGGUCAAGACUCGGCUUCAGGCUCUUACUAAAGCAGAGGGCGAAAGGGCUUAUAGUGGGAUUACCGAUGCAAUAAUCAAAACAUUGAAAUACGAGGGUCCUCUAGCAUUUUUCAAAGGUGGGGCUUGCAGGAUGAUUGUAAUAGCACCUCUGUUCGGUAUUGCUCAAAUGGUUUACUAUCUAGGCGUUGCCGAAGCACUUUUAGGUAUUAAACGUUAAGAAAAUAUUUGUCAAUUUGAUGUAGCAAUUUUUUAAGUAAUAAUCGUCAAUUUAUUGUUUACCUCUUGAUUAUAUAAUUUUUUCGGAUUAUUUAAUUUUUGGUUCGUUAUAGAACCUGUUGUUAUUUAAAUAGAAAAACAUGAACACUGUCCUAAGUCUUGCCUAAAACCAAAACAUAGUCAAUUAGGGUUUGAGGGAAGGAUUGUUUUAUUCAAUAAUUUGUUUUUAUAGGAAUGUUAUGACAGCAGUAAUUUUUAAUUCAGUAUUAAAUAUGCGAUCCGUUGCGUUGUCCUAGUUGCAUUUUUUAUUUUUUUUUUGCAGCAAUAUUUUUAAUAUUUUUAGUACUCUCUGUUUACGUUUUUACUCAUAAACUUAACGAAAGAAUUUUUUUUAAUUUGUAACAUUUUAAACUGAGGCCUGACAAAUUCCACAAUUCUUAAAUCUAGUCAGCUUGAGUAAUUAAAAAGUUACAAAUCAACAAAACGAAAAACUUCUUUCGUUAAAUUUAAUCGAGUGUUUUUGCUUUAAUUUUCUACAAAGAUUCGUGCUGUUACCUAGUGAACGACAAUAUAAAAUUUUAGCUUAUAGAUUUAGAUAGAGACCUACCGUUGGCUUAAAAUUCUAAAAACAAAUAUAUCACCAAAAUGGAAGUAAUAUUUAUUGUUAAGUAAUUUUCUCCAGUUAAUCUUUUAUUUUUAUAUUCAGUUUUCCCAGAAAUGAUAUUAAAGUACAACUUGUUUUAAGUAGUUGUUCGUUGUUGUAAAAACCGAUUGUGUGGAGUUCAUUUAUUUUUAAGACAACUUUUGAAAUGUUCAUACAGUCGGUUAUAAUUCCUCUGUGUAAGUUCAAAUAUUGUAAGUCAAGAAAUAAAGAUGCUGUAGAAAGACUUAA